UCACGCCUGACAGCGAUAAGAAGCCAGGCCCCCGUCGAGGAGCUGCUGUGACUUUCCUAAACAAAAGAAGCUCAUACUUGUCACCUCCGGGUUCUAAUGGGCCAGGAAAGAAGCGAAGCCCCCAAGAUGGAGAUUUUACACAAGAUGGUGGCAGAACUGAUGCUUGUUGUGAGAUUCACGAUGGGAAUCUUGCACUCCGCUUUGGUUUUUGGGACGAAUGUGACCGGGAGGAUUAUGGGAAGCAACGUCUUCAGGCGACAUUUCCACCUGCUGCUGUCGUGUGUGGUUCUUUUCGGGCCCCUGCUCAGCUUUUGGGUGUCUAAGUACAGCAUCUUCGCCAACGGUAACCACUGGCUGUACAGGAAGUUCCUGAGGUCAACGUGGGGCUGGACUUCAACCCUCGCCGGCUCCUUCAUCGUCCUUGUUUCCCUCUCAGCUCGUCAUCCUCCAUCCACCUGCCUGCGUCACCUCUCACGGAUCGCACUUGCAGGGUGUCUGUUGUGGACCUGUCAGCGCGUCUUGACCCUGCUUGAAGACGCCGCUGGAACUUGUUACGAACCAAUCGCUGCGCCUCAAGACGUCCAGACCACAGCCUCGCCAGAUCAACCUCUGCUGGUUCUCCACCAGGAGCAGACCAAAGCCUCAUGUCUGAGGAACAACAUGCUGUGGAGCGGCUACGAGGUGUCCAGAGACGUGCUCAUCCUCUGCCUUUGCAGCCUCUUGCUGGUGGAGGAGCUCUCUGUGUUCGGCCGCAGCCUGACCGGCGCUAAGCGGUCAGCCGGAGGCCCGCUGAGGUUUAUCUUCCUGCUGUGUGUGUUUCUGCUCGCCCUGUGGUUGUUCCUGCUGCUGUGUCGGCUCGCACACUUCCCACAGUUCCCUUCCCAGCAGCUUGGUGGAGCUCUUGGCUACCUGGCCUGGAGAGGCCUCUACCAGGGAUGGUACCGUCUCCGACCCGGAUGGGGAAGUCCCGGGUUACCUGACGAAGGGAUGGCUGACACAGGCAAAUCUGAACUUUGA